CCGGUGCCCUUUUCCCGCCCCCAAGCGCUCAGCCCUACCGCUAGCAUAGCGCGCUUGUCGUCUCUUUGCGCAUCUCCUCGGCCCCAUCGCCGCACCAUGAAGGCGUUUCUGUUCGCCGUGUUGGCUGCGGUGCUGUGCGUGGAGAGAGCCCACACGCUCGUCUGCUUUUCGUGCUCGGAUGCAUCCUCCAACUGGGCCUGCCUGACACCUGUCAAGUGUGCAGAGAAUGAAAACCACUGUGUGACAACGUACGUCGGAGUGGGAAUCGGUGGCAAGUCUGGCCAGUCCAUCUCCAAAGGCUGCUCUCCCAUUUGCCCCAGUGCUGGGAUUAACCUCGGCAUUGCGGCUGCCUCCGUCUACUGCUGCGACUCCUUCCUCUGCAACAUCAGCGGCUCUAGCAGCGUUAAAGCCAGCUAUGCUGUCCUGGCCUUGAGUAUCCUGGUUAGCUUUGUCUACAUCCUCAGGGCUCGUGAGUGAUGGGGAAGGCCAAGGAAGACCCAGCGCCCGGGGACCUCUGCACCUCUGCAACAUGGCGCCUUGUCUUCCAUUGGCCAUCACAGGUCUUUUUAGCUGAUGUCUUCUCUAUUGCUGCCUACAAGGAGAUCUUCUACUUCUCAGCAGGCUUCCAACAGUGAUUGUUUCCCAGACUUUACGCUCUUCCAGUAUCAGAGACCUGAGUGGCUGAGCCUAACCCUUCUUCUCCUCCUCCUUCGGACGUAUCCCACUGCACUCUAGCACUUCCCGGUGGAUUGUUUUGGAAAGGUUUCUGCUUUUUUAACCCGUGCCCCCAGUUUCUAAGGUUGCUUAAAACAAGGUUGGGACUCACUGAGAAGCAAUUGUCCCCAGACACCGCUCACUCAAGUGUUCAGAUGGUCCUGGAGGUGCCUGGCAUCAAUGUGCCCCAACAUGUCCCCCCAGGCAUGGGGAACGCAUGACCCCAGUGGAGACAAAUUCCCAACCCCCGCAGCUGGAGUCUCUUUUUAUAAAUCUCUUCCAAUCUCGGGCUGACUUUUUCUGGAAAACAAAUGACGUGUACCUUGUCCCUCUGAGCUCUGUAAGUGCCAGACCUGAAUAAACAUGCUCCUGUUGUUACCUGAGCGGGGAUGUGUACUGUGUGUGUUUCCUUGCUGCCACCAGAGAGAUUAGGAACACUUGAGGAAAACUCAAAUAUUAUGCCCAGCAUGAGAACUUCUUACCCUCUCAAGUGUUUUUUGAGCACUCCAUCUCAGCAGUUCACCUCUGAGCAGUGAGUCCACCUCCUCCCUGUCCCUCUCCUUUCUGAGAGCCCUGAUAAAAUACCCUUUGGCCAGUAUGCUUCACAUCUUUUGGGCACUGCUUUGUCCAGGUGCGUUUUUGUGAAAAAUGCCAGUCGUUGGAAUCUGAGUCAACCCUAUUGCUCCUAACACUGCGAAUUAGCCUUGUACAAGUUAGUCUGCGUGAUACAGAGACCUGGUGCCUCAAUUUCCCUGCUACAGACUUGGGAUCACGAUUAUGGAUAACUUCAGUACCUAAAUGAGCCAGGGCCAAAGGUCUGUUUGCAGAAUACAAUUGAAGUCUGAGGUGAAGAGAUGAGUAUUCAGAUAUUUAAGUUUAAGCUGCAAUCCCUGGAUGGUUGAUGUUGUCUGUGGACUACAGACUAUGACUUCACCAAACCUGCCACAUCUGCUGCCUUCCAGAUCCCAGGAUUUUCCCAGAUCUCUCCACUGCACUGCUCCUGGAAGCUUUCAGCCAUCCCAUGGGAGAUGUGUCUUCCUGCUGCCUCCACGUUUUACUGGUUUCCUACCUACUUUUCCUACCUGCUAGACUCAAAACAAGCUGAAAGUGAGCCUUAAUCUUAGGCGAAAGUUUCUCUAGCAGCAAAAUUCGAUUGCAAUAUUUGGUACUCUUCAGCCUUGCCCUCCUUUCCUUUGAUUGUGUUUCUCCUAUUUUGUGUCAAAAAAAAAAAAAAA